AUGUCACCUAUCACGAACCACAAAGACAAUAAUGGGAUAGCCCCCACUUUGUUCGACAAGAAGGUCCCCAGUCAAGAAGACACCGAGAUGCGGAAAUAUAGCGAUGUGGAGAAUGUGGCCGGCCAGCUCGCGGAAUGCCAUGAGGUCAAACAGGGUCUUCAUCAACGCCAUAUUCAGAUGAUUGCCCUGGCCGGCACUGUGGGAACCGGUCUCUUUCUCAGUUCGGGACGUGCGAUCGUUAAUGCAGGCCCCCUCGGGGCGUUCCUUGCAUACACCAUUAUCGGAGCUACGGCUUGCAGUGUUGUUUUCGGCGUGGGUGAGAUGGGUGCUUUGGCACCUCUCAAUGGUGGUGUUAUUCGAUAUGCAGAGAUCUUCUGUGACCCCGCACUCGCAUUCGCCAACGGGUGGAAUCAAGUCUACUCGUACAUCGUCUCAAUUCCAUCCGAGAUUGUCGCAGCUGCUGUGAUCAUUGAGUUCUGGGUCACUGUGAACAACGCGAUAUGGAUUACGGUGCUGGGUCUUCUUAUGUUGUCAACCGCCUUUAUCUUCGUGCGAGUAUAUGGCGAGCUUGAAUUCGGAUUCUCGAUUUUGAAAAUCAUGCUUGUGAUUGGAAUUAAUAUCAUGGCCUUGGUCAUCACAUGUGGCGGAGCCCCAAAUGGCGAGUCAAUUGGAUUCGCCUACUGGAAAGCUCCGUAUGGCCCUUUCGUCCAAUACCUAGGAGUGGGAGGGUCUCUUGGUAGAUUCCUCGGGUUCUGGAAAACAUUUGACAAUGCGCUUUUCGCCUACUCUGGCAUUGAGAAUAUCACAUUGGCUGCCGCCGAAACUCGAAACCCUCGCCAGGCUAUUCCUAUGGCUGCACGUCGAAUCUUCGUCCGCAUCCUGUUGUUUUAUGUCAUUACGAUAUUUAUGGUCGGUCUGAUCGUAUCGUCAACAAACGAGAACCUGCUCGGUUCGACUGGAACCGCCUCGCAGUCACCCUUUGUCAUUGCCGCCCGAGAAGCUGGCAUCAAGGUGGUACCUUCAAUAAUUAACGCAGUCGUCUUGACUUCUGCCUGGUCAUCGGGAAACUCGAAUAUUCUUGGCGGCUCCCGUAUUCUCUACGGUAUGGCCAAACAAGGCUUUGCCCCCGGUGUUUUCAAGCGCAUCAACCGCUUCGGCGUCCCAUGGGUUGCUGUCGCCCUUUAUGCCGUAUUCAUGGCUCUGGGAUACAUGACGCUGUCAAGUUCUGCAAGUACAGUCUUUACCUGGCUGCAGGACCUUGUCUCCAUCUCAACGUUGGUAAACUGGAUUUGCAUCUGUGCCGUGUACCUUCGCUUCUACUACGGAUGCAAAGCACAAGGUAUUGAUCGCCACACUGAGCUCCCAUGGGCCGCGCCCUUCCAACCCUACACAACCUGGUUCUCGUUGAUCGUGUUCGUGCUCCUCUUCUUUACCGGAGGGUUUACGACCUUCAUGCACGGCCAUUGGAGCACGGAAACUUUCAUCUCGACAUACUUCAAUCUGCCAUUCAUCGUGAUUGUUUACGGUGUUUACAAGUUUUGGAUGAAGACGAAGAUCAUUCCGCUGGCGGAAAUCCCGAUUCGGCCUUUCAUUGAGAGUUGGAACAACAACCCCGAGCCAGCACCCAAGCCUAAGCGGGGACUUUGGAAGCUCAAUGUUCUUUGGUCAUGA